AGCACAGCACCCGCUGCCCUGUCCUGUCCUGUCCUUCCCCCGCGAUAACCUUCUGCUUGCCUAAAGCAGCUGCAGUCGCCCUCCGCCGCCUGUCACCUUCUCCUUGCUCAUGGAAGCUUCGCUCGCCAUUCUCAUUCCCCUUUUCCUGUUUUCUACCCACUUGCUAAUCUUUUAAGGGUUUUCAGCAUACGAGUUUGGCCUGAGAGGCUUGUGAAAAGCAAAGUUCCAUAGAUUCAGCACAAGGAUGGAGGUUGAUUCGGGGAGUUUGGAUCUUCUUUUACUAACUCCAUAUCAAUGUAAAAGAAGAAAAUUAUCUCCACAUGGAAAAGCUGCUUCUUUGUCAUGUCAGGAUCUGAGUAGGAUUGAAUCUUUGUUCCCAACCCUGCAAUCAGCCGAUUAUUUCACUGAACCUAGCUUGAGUAAGCUUGUUACUCAGGAGGCCUUAUAUCCUGGUUAUUGCAGCAGAGUUAGGGAUUUUACUGUAGGAAGGUAUGGUUAUGGAUGUGUAAAGUUUAUUGGGGAGACUGAUGUUAGAUGGUUGGAUUUGGAUCAGAUCAUCAAGUUCAGGAGAUAUGAGGUGGUUGUCUAUGAAGAUGAAACUACCAAGCCUGCCAUUGGUCAGGGCCUAAAUAAAGCAGCUGAAGUAACUUUAGUACUGCAAACAAGAACUUCAAGAGAUAGCUGCAAAAACCAGUCAACCAGAGUUAUGGAGAAGCUGAGGCUCAGCACAGAACGACAAGGUGCAAAAUUUUUGUCUUUCAAUCCAUCAAAUGGUGAAUGGAAAUUCCUUGUUCAACAUUUUAGCAGAUUUGGUUUGAAUGAAGAUGAUGAAGAUGACAUAACCAUGGAUGAUGUGUCUACUGAAGUUCAAGCUCCUUUGGAAAUGAAUGGUGGAGACAUUUCAGACAUUGAUGAAGAAACUGCUUUUGUUGAUGCACCUUCACUUUCACAUUCUCUUCCUGCUCAUUUAGGGCUUGAUCCCGCGAAGAUGAAAGAAAUGAAAAUGUUGAUGUUCCCUUCAGAGGAAGAGGAUGAGGAAUCCAAUGGCAUGAUUUCAUACCAGAGGGAACGACUGAAUAAAGAAUCUGUGAAAUCUCCUUUAAGACAGUCUUCUCAGCAGAUAGUGAACAAAGACAGUCCUCCUUUAGUUCGCAAGACCCCACUAGCUUUGAUUGAGUAUAACUCUGGAAGUUUUGGCUCAAGCUCUCCUGGAUCAAUUUUAAUGGCCAAACAGAAUAAGGGUGUCCUCCUAAGGACAACAAAAGCUGAAGGUUUCAGGCUUGAUCUGAAGCAACAAACACCAAUAACUGGUAACCAUUCUGGGAAUAUCGUUGAUGCUGCAUUAUUCAUGGGCAGAUCGUUUCGAGUAGGCUGGGGUCCUAAUGGCGUUCUUGUUCAUUCUGGUAUGCCUGUUGGCAGUAGUGGCUCUCAAAGUGUUUUAUCUUCAGUAAUUAAUUUAGAGAAGGCUGCAGUGGACAAAGUAGCACGAGAUGAAAAUAACAAAAUUAGAGAGGAGCUUGUUGAUUUUUGUUUUGAGUCUCCACUUAGUCUUCACAAGGAAAUGAGUCAUGAGACGAGGGAUGUUGAAGUUGGAUCCUUUAAACUAAAGCUUCAAAAAGUUGUCUGCAAUCGAUUCACACUCUCAGAGAUUUGCCGUAGCUAUAUAGGGAUUAUUGAGAGGCAACUUGAAGUUACAGGGCUGUCUUCUGCUUCUCGGGUUUUACUGAUGCACCAAGUAAUGGUCUGGGAAUUGAUAAAAGUUCUUUUUUCCUCAAGGCAAAUGAACGGACAAUUGAAAUCUGUGGAAGUGGACCAUGAGGGAGACAUGAUGGCUGAUGCUGGGGAAAGUUCUCCUGAAGUUGACUUGGAUGCACUUCCAUUAAUCCGGAGAGCUGAGUUUAGUUACUGGCUUCAAGAGAGUGUUUGCCACCGGGUACAGGAAGAUGUGAGCUCCUUAAAUGAAUCUAGUGAUCUGGAGCACAUAUUCUUACUCCUAACUGGCCGCCAGUUGGAUGCUGCUGUGGAGUUGGCUGCAUCUAGAGGGGAUGUCAGACUAGCUUGUCUUUUGAGCCAGGCUGGUGGGACCACCGUCAACCGUUCUAAUAUUGUCUGGCAGCUUGAUAUUUGGAGAAACAAUGGGAUGGACUUCAAUUUUUUUGAGGAAAAUAGGAUGCGUCUUCUUGAAUUGCUUGCUGGCAAUAUCCAAGGGGCCUUGCAUGAUGUUAAAAUUGACUGGAAGAGGUUUCUGGGAGUGUUAAUGUGGUAUCAGCUUCGACCUGACACUUCUUUACCCAUUGUUUUCCACACAUAUCAACAGCUCCUUGACAAUGGAAAGGCUCCAUGUCCAGUUCCGGUGUAUAUUGAUGAGGGACCAGUAGAACAGGCAGUAAAAUGGCGUGCAGGAGAACAUUUUGAUCUUGCUUAUUAUCUUAUGCUUCUUCAUUCUUCUCAAGAAAAUAAGUUCGGCUUUCUAAAGACCAUGUUCAGUACCUUUGCUUCAACAAAUGACCCACUUGACUACCAUAUGAUUUGGCAUCAGCGUGCAGUUUUAGAAGCUGUGGGCACUUUCAGUUCUGAUGAUCUUCACAUUCUUGAUAUGGGACUUGUUUCUCAGUUGCUCUGUUUGGGCCAGUGUCACUGGGCGAUCUAUGUGGUGCUUCACAUACCCCAUCACAAGGAUUAUCCUUACUUACAGGCUAUGCUUAUCAGGGAAAUCCUCUUCCAAUACUGUGAAGACUGGAGUAGUGAUGACUCACAGCGACAAUUUAUUCAGGAUUUAGGAGUUCCUUCAGCAUGGAUGCAUGAAGCUCUAGCAACGUACUUCAAUUACUAUGGAGACUUUUUCAAUGCCCUAGAACACUUCCUUGAAUGUGGGAACUGGCAAAAGGCACACUCAAUCUUCAUGACUUCAGUUGCUCAUUCUCUGUUUUUGUCAGCCAAGCACUCAGAGAUAUGGCAGCUCGCUACUUCCAUGGAAGACCACAAGUCAGAAAUUGAAGAUUGGGACUUAGGAGCUGGAAUGUAUAUUUCAUUUUAUUUGUUAAGGAGCUCUUUGCAGGAAGAAAGCACCACAAUUAAUGAACUGGAUAACCUAGAGAACAAAAAUGAUGCCUGUGCAGACUUCGUUGGUCGAGUGAACAAGUCUUUGGCCGUUUGGGGUAGCAGAUUGCCUACUGACUCAAGGGUGGUUUACUCAAAGAUGGCUGAGGAGAUCUGCAAUCUGCUUGUGUCUGAAAGCGGUGAGGGUUCAGGCAUUGAAGUUCAGUUAAGCUGCUUCACGACCAUAUUCAGAGCACCCCUCCCAGAAGACCUUCGCUCAUGCCAUUUGCAAGAUGCCGUCUCAUUGUUUACCAGUUACAUCUCAGAGGCUGCCCCCCAGUAGUUCGCUUCGCUUCCACUUUGUUUGGCCAACCUUUUGUAGUUUUAAGUUUCGGUAUUUGUAUGCGAAAAAUCAGUAGUAUCUUUGUACAAUUUUCUUGAAAGCCAGACAAUUUUUGUUCUUUCCUUUGGAGGAAUUUUGGCGUGUAAUUAGAUUUUUGAAGAGGUCGGGUGACAUAUACAGCAUGUUAGUAGAAUUGAAGUGUCAGUCUGGCUGGUUUUUUUUUUUUUUGUCAAAAGUGUCAGUCUGGCUGGUUGAUAGAGCACACAGACGUAUUUCAGCACCUGAUGAUGGCCGGAGUCGGCGAGUGUCCUGAUCCUGAAACUUUUAAGGUUGGCAGCUGUUAAUUACGUUGGAUCCACGGCUGGACCACAUGGACGUGCAGUGCAAGUGGACAAAUGGCUACUUUCGUGCCAUCUGAGCAUUCCAUGGAAGUCAAGUUCUCAAAGUUCAUAUAUGCCAAAUUAACGUAGUAUAUUUUAUUGCUUUGCCACUUA